CCUUUCUGCACAUGCGCAGUGCUCACAGUAAAGAUGGCUCUCUGUGGAGGAAGUUUGCGCUUUCUAUUGUCAAAGUCAUUAAAGAAACCCUUACCGGGAUGCUGGCUCGUACUUAACAGGAAUUAUUCGGCUAAAGAUGCAGUUAAUUAUAAUACGAAUGCAAGCGCUCAAGUGUUAGACAGUGAGCUUUAUACACAAGACCAUUUGGCAUUGAGAGAAACCAUCAGAAAGAUAAUUGAUAAGGAAAUCAAUCCUUUUGUUGACAAAUGGGAAGAAGCAGGACAGUUUCCAGCACACCGUAUCUUCAAAAUUCUUGGCAAUGCAGGGAUACUGGGAGUUAAUAAACCAACAGAGUAUGGAGGUCUAGGAUUGGACUACAGCUACAAUAUAGCAGUGGCUGAGGAACUUGGCAACAUUCGCUGUGGUGGAAUUCCUAUGGCUAUUGGAGUUCAGUCUGACAUGACCACACCAGCUCUGGCAAGGUUUGGGUCAUCAGAGCUGAAAAAGGAAUUUCUUGCACCAACUAUACAAGGAGACAAAGUCGCAUGUCUUGGUGUGAGUGAAGCUGGAGCUGGCUCAGAUGUUGCAAGCAUCAAAACCAAAGCAGUGAGGAAGGGCGAUGAUUACAUCAUAAAUGGGAGUAAAAUGUGGAUCACAAAUGGAGUUCAAGCAGACUGGAUGUGUCUUUUGGCUAACACAAGUGAUGGACCAGCUCACAGAAAUAAAUCAUUAAUCUGUCUACCAAUGAACUUGCCUGGAAUACAUGUUGCAAGAAAAAUUGAUAAGAUAGGAAUGAAGUCAUCAGAUACAGCUGAAAUCUAUUUUGAUGAUGUCCGUGUGCCUUGCAAAAAUCUCAUUGGGGAAGAAGGAAUGGGUUUUACUUACCAAAUGUUACAGUUUCAGGAAGAGCGCAUGUGGGGAGUUGCCAAUGCAUUGACACCUAUGCAAAAUGCGAUUCAAGAAACCAUCGAGUACACAAGGCAAAGGAAGAUUUUUAACCAUCCAGUACUUAACAACCAAGUAGUGCAUUUCCGUUUGGCAGAGCUGGAAACUGAAGUAGAACUCCUUCGCUCCCUUCUGUACCGUGCAGUUGCUUUGUAUGUGAAAGGAAAUGAUGUAACGAAGCUUGCAUCUAUGGCAAAACUGAAAGCAGGUCGACUUGCACGAGAGUUGAGUGAUAGCUGUUUACAGUACUGGGGAGGCAUGGGCUUUACCAGUGAAGUCUUUGUAAGCAGAUUUUAUAGGGAUUCAAGGCUGAUAUCCAUAGGUGCCGGUGCAGAUGAAGUUAUGUUAUCCAUUAUUUGCAAGUACAUGGGAACUCUUCCAGCCCAAAAGUAAAAAACCUGCAUCGUCCUUUUGUGAAGACAUGUUUGGGCACAUAGGUGUUUUAAUACGUAUUUUAAACAUACUGAAAAAUAUUAACAGUUUUGUCAUAGGAAUGUACAGGUAUGUAAUGUAUAGGAUGGCAUUUUAUGUAAUGCAGUAUAGCGCUAAAAUGUAGUUUUUCUCGAUUGAAAACAUACCUGUGCUAUAAAUGUGAAAGAUGAAGACAGGGAUGGGCCGUUUCAGUUGCAUUAGGACAACCAGUUGGUGAGGCCGUCCCAGUGAGAUUUUAUUCUGUAGAACUGGCUUUGGAGUACAAGCCAGAAGGGUGACUCAUUAUGACCCUCAGGAUGUCACUUUACCUGUGUGUGUUCCAAAAGCAAUAUUAGAACAAUCGUACCAUAACAAGCUUAUACAGUAAAACCUACUGUACCAGAUUUGUACAAUAUAAUGCUAUAAGCAUUAAUACACACUACUGAAAAACCAAACAAUAUGAAUAACAGUUGUGAAUUAAGAUAUACCGUAAGUGCUCUUUAUGAUCAAAAUGGACAACGAAAACAUCUGCAAUGACUUUUUAUCUUUAUAUUCAGUUACUGUAAUUUGUUUCCCUCUUAUUUUAUUAAUGAAAGCGAUACAUGUCACAAAAUUUUAUUUAAAAUUUUACGCUUGAUCUGUGGUGGGUGUGGUACUGCAGUGAAUUAUAAUGUUUCCUGAAAAGACUUAGCUUGGAUACAUACUGUAUGGAAUUUUGCUGUCCCCAUUUUGUAUCUCUGAGUAACUAACUAAUAAAUAUUGACAUGUAUGUAAAUACUAAA